CACGAAGGAGAAAGAAAAAGAAAGCAACGCUGAGAAGAAAGAAAAAUCAUCCAUUGAACGGACCAACACCUCAACACUACCAUUAGUCAAGUUACAAACAUUUACUUGAAUUUACUGGGACACAUGUACCUGCAGAAAAGGAACGAAUCUCACAAAGAGCAUCAAACUGCAUUAUAUAAUAAUCCUUCUCAAUAAGAACGUUACCUCUCAAUAUUCACAUUUGUCAGAAUUAUUAACAUAUUUGGCUACCAUAAAACUGUAAUAAAAAAUUUCGGCAAAAUUACACGUUUUGAAGACAAGGGGAAAUUUGGAGGAGCACCAUAACUGAAAGAGAAGAGAUAUUCCAACAAACUUCUUCAACUAUACUUCAACUCAAGAACCACGAAGCACAAGAAAAGUUACAGCAAAAAUUUCACGAUCUCAGUGAAUGUUGAGUGAGAAGAAACCGACGGUCACUUCAAACGUGCGACGGAACUCUUCGCUCUGCUGAGCCUAUGCAGACACCGGGGCGGACUCGGUCAGCGAAUCAGUGAUGGACGUGAGUCCGACCUUGCGGUUGGACGAUCAUGUGGCGUUCGACGUCGACAGCUCGAGGUUGUUGGAACUUGUCGACCUGCAGUUCACGCCCACCGAUUUUGGCAGCCUUGAGGACCUCGCCGACACUAGAAUAACGAACAAUAAUGAUGGCGAGAUUGUGUCCCAGCAGUGGAACCAGUUUUCCCUCUACCAAGAUGGGAUUCAGCAGACACAGCUGCCUCCUAUAUACAGGGAGGCAGACAACAGCAGCGAUAAAAUGUGGGGCGGAGGAGUUGGAGGGAUGCUCAACGACGGUAAAACGAACAAAACAGAAGGUGGAAUCUUUUACAACACCUUUUGUAAAAGUGAACCUAUCGAACAGCCGACAGAGACCGAAGUAGAGAAUUUGACAUUGUUUUCAACUCUCCUUCACGAAAAGCCCAUCGACAUAAUGACCUCACAUAAUCACCCUUCCCCCGGGUCAGAUUGCGUGUCGUAUGUCAGUGCUUCAGCGUGCAGCGACUCCGGUAUCUCGAACGACAACGCCUCGCCUCUCCCUUGCGACUUCGACUCUAUGGUGAGGACCGCGAUAGAUUCCAUGAGCACACAACACGAAGAAAUCACGUCUUUGGAAUCAUUUCACGGCUACCCGCCUUCGUACAUGGCGCCUGCACAUGACGGAACGACCAUCCUCGAAGGCGCUUUACGAGGCACAGUGAGACGCAACAGUGGUGGACCGCAAGUCCAGAAAACCUUGACCGUCAUGACAAACAUGACGCCACUCCCGUCUAUCAAUACGGCUUUUAAAAAUGAAAACUUUGGCCUGCCUCCAUCACAACCUCAAAUUACAAGUACAAACGGAAUGUACUCGUCUUAUGAUUACAUUCCGGUGCCUACAGAUGAAUAUUCCUCAGUCGACAAUUCGGUUAAGAUUGCUCCUGCAGCAUCAACAACGACUAGCGCUCAAGAAUCUAAAAUGAGAAAACGGAAAUACACUAAAAGAGGAACUUCUGAAGAAGCCACUGCUAAAGGUAGACUUCUUCACUUCUGCCACGUUUGCAACAAAGGCUUCAAAGAUAAGUACAGCGUUAACGUUCAUCUGCGGACACAUACUGGCGAGAAGCCUUUCGACUGCACGCAGUGCGGCAAAUGCUUCAGGCAAAAAGCUCAUUUGGCAAAGCAUAUUCAGAUCCACAAUAGCGGACAGAAACCUCCUGGUAAGCGAUAAGCGGUAAAGUCUUAUUGCUAUCCUGUUGAUCUAAUUAUAAGCUAAUGGUUACACAUGUAAAGUUGUUGACUACCUGAAUAACGAAAACUUAUUUCUGGGUUGUGAUUGAACUGGUGAUAGUUUAUGUCCUGAUGAUAGGCAUCGCUAAUAAAGUGAUGAGUCUAUGUAAACAAGGCUCAUUAAUAUUAAUUACGGAAUUUGGCACCAGUUUAUUAAUAUGUUCAUCAUUGUGGGCUGUUUGGAAAUUAUGAUGCGCUCCCAGAAAUCCGUCAUGAAUAUAAAUAUUAAGUUUUUCUCAAAUUAAGUAUACUUGUUAUCGUCUCUGAGGACCUCUUCCCUCACUCCCAAAUACUCUGCUGUACAUAUAAAAAGAUUAAUAUAUAAUCAUCUAAUAGGUUUUGAUUGAUUUAAGGCUUCACAAACAAGAACAAAGUGUAUUUUAGAUGAAGAUAUUCCAUCACGUGUUACUAGAGGGCACCCUUGUACCUUAAGUGACUCUUUAUUCUUGGGGACAAUGAGCUUUCUUCUAGCUCAUUUACUUCUCGAAAGGUUGACCAAUCACGUUUUGAUUAUUUACGGAAUAACAGCGGGAAAUAAAAUAUAUUGAAAUGGCUUGAUUCUAGGACAACUACAAAUUGAUAAUAAGCCGCUUGUAAGUUUGUAUAGAUGACAGGCUUGUCUUUCUCAUCACACCCACGUAACAAUAUCUUCGGUGCCAUUUUCUGCUUGUCUAGACUAUAAGUAUACUUCACUGCACCAUACUGGAGAUUUAGGACCGCUUCAAUAUUUUGCACCGUGAUUGUUUUUGCUGUUUUUGUUUUUGUUAUUAAUUGAUUGCAGUAAGCGAAUAGCACCGUAUGUGGCAAGGUAGUGCAAAAGUCAUGACGUUAAUUAAAAUUAUUAAACAUCUUUCGGCAUUUGUACCAGCAAUUAUUGUUACUUCUUGUUAUUUUUUUCAUUUUAUUUCAUUGGUCUGUUAUAUUAAUGAUGUGUUUUGAUUUAUGAUUGUCGUAGUUUAGUUUUCUGGCAUCGAAAAAUAAUUUUAUAUUCUACGAGACAAUAAAUAUUUAUGCACCUGACCAUAAAUUGGUAGCGGCUUAAUAACAGAAUUGAAACCUCA